AUGGCAAAAGCUUCAGUGUUGUUUCCAUGCUUGAUAGCUUUAUUUCUCAUAAUAUUUGCGACAGGUUUUGUGAAUGCAUGUUACUACGAGUGCCAUUCCCCAAAUGGUUGUGGUAAUCUGCACUGUGAAAUCCCUGGUUGUGUUAAGCGAUGCGUCAACUUUUGCUGCCUUUGUGAUUGCCAUGGAGUCACUGGAAAUGUUCGAUAA